AUUCUAGAUCAUGGGCCAUCGUAAAACGCCGUACCAUGAACCUGCCUUUGGUAGUGAGUAUGUUAGAGAUCUUGCAAAUCAUAGGAGCCCAACACGUGCUCCCGCGCGAUAUUUGCCACACACCCGAAAGAAACUUGAUAAACCAUCCACUGAAUUCCUGCCUUUUUUGCUUCUCUGUUUCGAUGUUAUCACUGAGUGGUGUAUGUAUUUUCACGAUACAGUAGGGAAGGGCGUUUUGAAGGGAUCACGUGUGGAUCGACGAGCGCGCCAGGUGGACACGGGUGAAAAGAACAACGAGGCGAAGACGGCGAAUAUCUUGUAAAGGGCCAAGGACGGCGAGUACAGAAGGUGUUAGUGAGCAAAGUGUUACCACACACACGUCAGUGUGUAGUAGGUGCAUGUGGUGAACGGCAAUUGGGUCGGUGUAUGAAGUGGCGGUCAAUGAGACGGAAGAUGGGUACAAGGGCAAGACGUCAUCGGUUGACAGGACCGGUUAAAGCGCGGAUGGCUAGUGAACGAUCCUGCUGGAAGGUCGCUACAGCCGCACUAUCGCAACUGGCGAAGAAGAAAGUCUAGUGGAAAGAGCGGUCAAUGUGAGAUUUGCGCCGACGAGGCCACUGCCGAAUGCGUGAGCAAGGGCAGUGAACUGUGAAGCAAUCCGUCACCAGAAGGGCGCUAUUGCUGGUCUGGUGAUAGCGUAGAAGACAGACAACCUAACACAAAGUCAAUAAGCCGAAGUUGCCACUCGAGUGCCUUAGAGUCAAUAAGGACAGAACUGUGAAAUCGUCGCUACUUUUCGAUCAGAGUAGGAAGAGAGUAUCGAUCUUGCCCA